UCCAUGGCGAGGCGUCGCCGGGUAGGACCAGAACCUUAAUCCAUGCUAUUCAACAUUCCAUACUGCAAUUCACAAGCUCCUGCAGCCGCCGUCGCAGCUAUCUCCAGCCUCCGCUUCUCCUCCUCCUCGCCGGCUUUGAUUCCACCGUUGCCCCAGCCGCUGGUUUCACCUCCGCCGGCGCUUCCCGAGGAGAACCCAUUCGCCGCACUCCUCGCCUCUGACCCCCCACCGCCGGAGCCUCUCCGCCUGGUGCUCGACGCUGGCGACGUUCACUCCGCGCUCCGCGGCCUCCCGGGCCUCGCGCGCCAGCUGUUCCGGUGGGCGGAGGACACCCCGCGCGGCUUCCCGCGCACCGCCUCUGCGUUCGCAGCCGUCCUCGUCCCGCUCGCCCAAGCCAACCACAUCCGGGCCGCCUACCCUGUCUCGCUCCGCGCCCUGCACCUCGGCCUCCUCCUCCCCCUUGUGUCCCUCCUCCUAUCCACUCACCUCUCUCCCGCCCCAAAAUCCCUAUUGAGCUUCCUCUUACGCCUGUCCACCAAGUUCUCCACAGAAUGCCAAGCUCGCGUUGUCACGCCCGCUACCUGUUCGACGCUGUGCCUACCUGCCUUCCAUGAGAUGGCGCGUCACGGAGUGGCCCCUGACGUCAAAGACUGCAACCGUGUGCUCCGCGUGCUGCGUGAUGCCGCCAGGUGGGACGACAUUUGUGCUGUGCAUGCGGAGAUGCUCCAGCUCGGGAUUGAGCCGAGCAUUGUCACGUACAACACUUUGCUGGAUUCUUUCUUGAAGGAGGGAAGGGAGGACAAGGCUGCCAUGGUGCUGAAGGAGAUGGAGACCCGGGGGACUGGUUGCUUGCCGAACGAUGUCACGUACAAUGUGGUGAUUUCUUGGCUAACCAGGAAAGGUGACCUGGGGGAGGCAGUGGAGCUGGUUGACUGGAUGCGGCUGUCCAAGAAAGCAUCAUCCUUCACUUACAACCCACUGAUCACUGCGUUGUUUGCGAGGGGUUUUCUUAAGAAGGUUGAAGCUUUGCAGUUGGUGAUGGAGAAUGCUGGUAUUAUGCCAUCAGUUGUGACAUACAAUUCAAUGAUUCAUGGGCUACUUCAAAGUGGGCAGGUCGAGGCUGCGCAAUUGAAGUUUGUGGAAAUGAGGGCGAUGGGCUUGCUGCCAGAUGUGACCACGUACAAUUCUUUGCUAAACGGAUAUUGUAAGGCAGGCAAUUUGAAGGAGGCUCUUUGGUUGCUUGUUGAUUUGAGGCGUGCAGGGUUAGCACCAACAAUUUUGACAUAUAACAUUUUGAUAGAUGGUUAUAGUAGAAUAGGUGAUUUUGAGGAAGCUAGGAGAUUGAAAGAGGAAAUGGUAGAGCAGGGCUGUUUGCCCGAUGUUUGUACAUAUACAAUUCUCAUGAAUGGUUCACAUAAGGUGAGGAACCUUGCUAUGGCAAGAGAGUUCUUUGAUGAGAUGCUGAGCAAAGGUUUGCAGCCAGAUUGCUUUGCCUAUAAUACAAGGAUUCGUGUGGAGCUUGCCCUAGGGACUGCUUCCAAGGCUUUCCAGUUGAGGGAGGUGAUGAUGUUGGAAGGAAUAUCUUCUGAUACAGUCACAUACAAUAUUCUUAUUGAUGGAUUGUGCAAGACUGGAAACCUGAAAGGUGCUGAAGAUCUGCUGAUGAAGAUGGUCAGUGAUGGUUUACAGCCUGACUGUAUCACAUACACCUGCUUGAUUCAUGCACACUGUGAAAGAGGACGCCUAAGAGAAGCAAGAAAAUAUUUUAAUAAGUUGAUCUCAGGUCAUUUACCACCCACAGCUGUGACCUACACUGUUCUUAUUCACGCAUAUUGUAGAAACGGAAACCUUUAUUCAGCAUAUGGUUGGUUUCAAAAGAUGCUGGAGAAAGGAGUCGAACCUAACAAGAUAACAUAUAAUGUCCUUAUACAUGCGCUAUGUAGGAUGGGCCGAACUCAGUUGGCUUAUCAUCAUUUUUAUGAGAUGCUGGAAAGGGGAUUGGCACCAAACAAAUACACGUAUACCUUGUUGAUAGAUGGUAACUGUAAAGAAGGCAGCUGGGAAGAUGCGAUGGGAUUGUAUUUUGAAAUGCACCAGAAUGGUGUACAUCCAGAUUACUGCACACAUAAGGCCUUGUUUAAGGGAUUUGAUGAAGGUCACAUGCAGCAUGCGAUUGAAUACUUGGAGAAUGUUGUUUUGGGUGAAUAGAUUGAUCUUAGUGAAAAAUUGUCCUAUUUUCCUUGCUUUUCAGAUGUGUCCCUUCCAGAGAUGAUAGAUGGAGUUUUUGGGCAAUCCUUUUCAAAAGGGAAACAAAAAGAGAGUUUGAAACAAUGGUCUCUGAGUUAAGCUGCUGGGUGCUUUCUAAAUGAAUUGUUAAGCACAAGCAGAUCUUCCUCUUGCUGCUCAGAAGAUGAUGGAGUUUGGAGUCAAUUCCAUUCAAAAGAAGAAAAGCAAGACUUCAGGACCAUGUCCUCUGAAUUAAGCAGCUGGGAUGCUUCCCAAACGAAUACUGAGGGCUCUUCUCCUACCACGAGUGCCUUGAGAAUUCGGUCAGUCCAUCCAUCUACCAGCAUGAACAUAUGUCCACCUUCUCGGACUUCAUGGUACUUAAUCCAUGGAAGUUUCUUCGAAAUGUACCUCUGCA